AAUAACACAUAUGCGAUCUGUUAUAUUUACUUUUUUUUUUAGGGUUAAUUAUAUAUAACACUGCAAAGGCCGCACGUAUAUUUCUAACAAAAGAAGAAAAACAAACAUGGCAGAGAUUCCAAGGCAUGUAUGGGAGGGGCUUACUGCAAAAGAACUCGCACAAUUAGCUGCACAAGCAGUUGUAGAGGCAGAAAGGGCAGCUACACUUGCCGAGGAAGCUGAAGCAUAUGUAGAAGCGGCAAUAUACUUUGCUGAAGUAGCAUUGAAAACAUUGAAUACUCGACGACUCCGUUUGCGGCUACAUUUACAGGAUCUGAAACUGCCAGUUUUAGGGGCGGCCCUCCAGUACUGCACGCAACAUUUAUCCAGAUUUACCCUGUUUAUCUGUCAACAUACAGGCUCCAACCAUCACACGUUUGGCUACUACUUCGUGGGAAUUUGUCAAUGAGCCUAUUGGCAAGGAGCGAUAGGAAGAAAAGAUUGAAGUGUGCAUGCGAGACAUAAACAUAUAAUGCACAAAUAUUGUGUUCUCCUUCAUAAGAGAGUUAAUGUAAAAUGAUUGAUUUCUCUUCCUCUUAAACGUUGUUCGUUCAGCAUGUGAUACGAUGAGUAUGUUCAGCCCACAAGGGAAAAAAUCGAACAGCAUCCUUAUAGCCUCCAACAAAUUAAGCAAAAAAUAGAAUAAGAGUCUGCUCAACCAAGCGCUAAAAUGAAGAUCUAAACUCAAAUUUAUAUCCUAAGAUUUGACCAGGGAGCCAAGGAUCCUGAACUUCCAGAAACCUCGUAAAUGGACGUGUUAUCUCAUCCCCUCGCCUGCCACAACUAAAUGAACAACCAUGCAGGUAAUCUCCAUUGUUUUCCGAGUAC